ACAUUGAAACUGUCGACAAUUACGUGUCUGUCUUCUCCGCCCAAACCCCACCUCCUUCCUCAUUUUAUAUCUCUCUCAUUCCCCACCUUCUUUUCAUAUAUAAAUAAAUUCUAUAUCUAUCUAUAUAUCUCUAUAUAUAUAUCCCUUAAUGGCUCCCGUUAAUAACAAUGUACAAAUGAACAACAAUAAUGACAAUGAAAACCCAAGUCCGAAAUUCAAGGUUACAAUUGUCGGAAGUGGGAAUUGGGGAAGUGUUGCUUCUAAGCUCAUUGCUUCAAAUACUCUCAAAUUAUCUUCUUUUCAUGAUGAAGUGAAGAUGUGGGUGUUUGAAGAGAUAUUGCCAAGUGGUGAAAAACUUACAGAUGUCAUCAAUACUACCAAUGAAAAUGUGAAGUAUUUACCUGGGAUUAAGCUUGGGUGUAAUGUUGUUGCUGACCCAGAUCUUGAAAAUGCAGUGAGGGAUGCAAACAUGUUGGUGUUUGUAACCCCACAUCAGUUUAUGGAGGGAAUAUGCAAGAGAUUAGUUGGAAAGAUUAGGAGCGAUGCUCAAGCCAUCUCUUUGAUCAAAGGAAUGGAGGUCAAGAAGGAAGGUCCUUGUAUGAUCUCCACACUAAUUUCACAACAACUAGGUGUUAAUUGUUGUGUUCUUAUGGGUGCUAACAUCGCUAACGAGAUUGCAGUGGAGAAAUUUAGCGAAGCAACUGUAGGGUAUAGAGGAAAUAGAGAGAUUGCAGAAAGAUGGGUGCAGUUAUUCAGCACUCCUUACUUCAUGGUCUCACCUUGUCAAGAUGUGGAGGGAGUUGAAUUAUGCGGGACUUUGAAAAAUGUUGUUGCAAUAGCAGCAGGGUUUGUGGAUGGAUUGGACAUGGGAAAUAAUACCAAGGCUGCAAUAAUGAGAAUUGGGUUGAGAGAGAUGAAAGCCUUUUCAAAACUCUUGUUCUCUUCGGUUAAAGAUACCACCUUUUUUGAAAGCUGUGGUGUUGCUGAUCUUAUAACAACUUGCUUGGGAGGACGAAACAGGAAAUGCGCAGAGGCUUUUGCUAAGAAUGGUGGAAAAAGGUCUUUUGACGAUCUUGAAGCUGAGAUGCUGCAGGGACAAAAGUUACAGGGGGUUUCGACAGCCAAAGAAGUUUAUGAGGUCUUGAAACACAAGGGAUGGUUGGAGAUGUUUCCCUUGUUCACAACAGUUCAUGAGAUUUGUACUGGCCGUCUGCCACCAACUGCCAUCGUGGAGUACAGUGAACACGCCCCAAAGUUUCCACCUGUGGUUGGCCCAACUUCAUUCCAAUGACUUAUACAACUAUCAACAAAGUAACACAUACUCUAAUUUUGAAAUGUAAUCUUGAAGUUGUUUCGAAUAGUUCGGGUUUUUUUUUUUAUGCAUUUGGUGAAUCAAAAUGUUGAAAAGUGUUUCAACAUAAGAAAUAUUACCAAAAUGCACUUAAAUCUGGAAAGCUUCUUUUGGUCUUUCCCCUGUUCCAUUAUAAACACAUUUUCAAAUUGAGAAAAUGGAGUAUGUGGCUGUUAGACAAACAAGCUUGAGUGUAGAACCCCUCACAUACUAAUUUUUUUAAUAUAUCUAUAAAUGCUCGGCCGCUUUUUAUGGAUUUAAAAAAACAAGAUGUGAGGGGUUUUACAUUCAAGCUUGGGUGUCUAACAAUUAAAUAAACCCUAACCCCUUUCAAAUU